UAACACCUCGACGGACAUGGAAGUUAACCGCAGUCGUCUGCUGACCACAGCUCGUCCUUAUCUUCAGGUUCUUUCCAUAUUGGGUCUCACACCUCCGCCUGUAUUUUUUACCAGGACAUUGCUCAAGCGACGUAGAGGCUACUUGAUAGCUGGAUACAGCUGCUAUUUACUUGCAAUUCUUCUGGUGAUUAUCUAUGAGUGCUAUGCCAACAUUGUGGCAUUACAUCAGGAAAUAGAUCUUUUCCGAGCGGAUGAUUUUAGCAGAGUUAUGGGAAGGACGCAGAAGAUUCUUGUGGUAGCUAUGGCUAGUUGCAACCAACUAAACAUGCUCUUGAACUUUCGCCGCCUGGCUCGAAUCUACGAGGACAUUGCGGAUCUGGAGAAGGAUAUAAAUAAUUCUUUGCCGGGUUUCAGUGUACGGGGGCACUGGUGGAGUUUUCGAUACCGAAUAGCUAUUUUCGUGGGACUGUGGAUAGUGCUACUUGUAGGCCUUACACCACGCUUUACGCUUGUGGGACUGGGUCCCUUCCUUCACUGGACAAAUAAAGUACUCACUGAGCUCGUCCUGAUAAUGACUCAACUCAAAAGUGCAGAGUAUUGCGUGUUUGUUUUGCUGAUUUAUGAGCUAAUUCUGCGGUUGCGCCUUAUCCUUCAGCAGAUCGUAGUAGAGCUAGAGGAUUGUAAUUGCAGGACCAGGAUUCAGGAGCUGUGUGUGACUUUGAAACGAAAUCAGUUGCUGGUUGGACGAAUCUGGAGUUUGGUGGGUGAGAUUGGAGAAUAUUUCACCCUGUCCAUGACGCUGCUGUUCGUUUACAACGGACUUACCAUCCCGCAUGUUGUCAACUGGGCUCUCAUAAAAUCCGUAAAUCCGAACGAUUGCUGUCAAUACAGUGAGUCUUAUAUCAAAUCUCAUGUAAAUUAUUUUACAUUUUUUUUCAUAUUUGUAGUGCGCAUCGGGGUUACUCUUUUACUAUCGAUCAAUAUUUUUCUGGCCUGCUUUUACAGUGAAUUAUGCAUCCAAGCGUACAAUAGCAUCCCACGAAUUCUUCACCAAAUUUAUUGCUUGCCUGCAACCGAAGACUACCAAAUGUUAAAAAUGGGUCUAAGGGAGUACUCCCUGCAAAUGCAACACCUUAAGCUCCGUUUCACCUGUGGCGGAUUAUUCGACAUCAAUCUCAAGUACUUUGGAGGGAUGGUUGUCACUACAUUCGGCUACAUCAUUAUUCUGAUACAAUUCAAAAUGCAAGUUUUUGCUCAAUCAAAAUACAUGGAAACUGCCAAUAUCAGCGAAAUGAAGGCAUUUAAUGGUUAAGCGACAUCUGGCGACCAAGUAAUUUAAAAUUCCAAGAUAUUUAAGGAAUUGGCUAUAAACAACGCAAUUUACAUUUUAAAAUAUAUUUUUAAAACUAAAACAAUCUAAAACUUAUGAAUAAUAGAUUGACUUAAGCCUUUCCCCCAAAAUUCCACAAUCAGACAUCCUCCAUCAACGGAAGUAUAAUACAUGAAGUAAACAAGUCAUGUCAAGAUACACCAUGUAUAAUUUAACAAUUUUACAUAAGUUACAGUGGUGGUUUUAAAAAGUUUUCACU